CCAGCAUACAGUGCCGGUCUACACUUUUGGAAAAAAGAAAACAAAAACAAAAUGAAACUAUCAGCUCUGUUCGUUUUCAUUAUGGCCGUUCUGGCGCUAUUCGUCGGUCACAGCGAAGCUGCCCCUAAAGUUAACGUAAACGCUAUUAAGAAGGGCGGCAAAAUUAUUAGAAAGGGCUUUGGAGUAGCCGGAGCUGCGGGAACAGCUCAUGAAAUUUACUCUCACGUCCGGAACAGACACAACUUUGUUAAAAUGAAGUUAUCAUCUCUAUUUAUAUUACUUUUGGGCGUGUUAUCGAUGUUCAUAGGUGCAAGCGAGGCACGACCGAAGAUACCUGUGAAAGCUAUCAAGACUGGCGCUCGAGCUGUUGGUCGCGGAUUACGAGCUUUGAACUUCGCGAAUACAGCUCACGAUAUUGCAAGCAUGUUCCACAGAAAAAGAAAACACUAGUGCGUUAUUAUGACGCUUUCAUUAUAGUGAUAUUACAAUGUCAGUUAAAGCCCGUAUACGGGGAGCAGAAUGUCUGUACUUGGAUUUCCAGAUCUUAUGACCUGAACUCAAAUUAAUGAAUAUAAUCUUUGUGUUAUGGGACAUCGAGUAAACUUAUCAAUAGUCGAAGUGAGACGAAUGGACCACUUUUUCUCCACUUCAAACAACACUUAAUAUCUCAUCACAUAGAGCUUACAAUUCAAUGUCUUAAUCUGAGUCGAGUUGGUGUUGCGUCGAUUAGAUGUUUGUUUAGAGGCCAAAUGAUCAAUCCUCGAUCAAUAAGAUUUUAAGAAGACAGCCUAUUAACGGCACACUACAGGGCACGGGUCUUCUCUCAGUACAAGAAGGGCUUACGCCGCAGUCCAGACGCUGGCCAAGUGCAGAUUGGUAGAAUUCAGACGCCCUUGAGAACUUAAAGGAGAACUCUGUUGUUGGUGUUUUUUCUUUACCGUAAAGCAAAUAUUUUAUUGCUUAAAUUAAAACGCACAUACUUAACUCCAGUACUCUUAAAUAACAUUGUCCAAAAAUGUUCACACAUCCGAAGUCCAUUGACCUUGAUCCAUUCAUCAGAUCAAGAUUGAUCCAUUGAACGGCUGAUCUCGCCGUUCGCUUAGAAAACGGAGUUUUCAUACGGUCUAAUGUUCAACAAGGCUUAAAGCGUAAAAUGAGCUCUGCUUCCUGAUCGAACUGAAAUCGGGCUAGUUGUAAUAGCACUAUUAAGUUACUAUUUAAUUUAUUGUAAAAUAAAUUUAGGUACAUACCUACCUUAUUUAGAUCUAA